UGAAUUGUUUUAUUGUAAUACAUGGUUAUACUUUCAUUUAAUUAAAAUGUAGAAUUACAGGGUUACAAUAACAAAACAAAACAAAAAAGACAACAGCUUUUAGUUUGCAUUGCAGUGACAGAAGAAAUAUAUUGCUAAUCAUCAUUCCAAAUGCAAACAAACAAACAGACAAGUAACCCCUUAAAUCAGAAGAGACUAUUAGUUAUCUCACACUGAAAAAAUAAGGGACAGAAUUCUCAGUGCUCACACAUCUGGACAUUACAGAAUCCACAGGGUAUAUACUAUGUAAAAAACGUAAAUGACUUUAUUUACCGUUGUAAGGCCUAUAUUAUUUAUAAGGCAAUAGCCAAGCUUAACUUUCAUUUUAUGAAUGACUUCCGGGGUUCCGCCGCCACGACAAUGACGUUGCUGCUGUUCUGGUCACGUGACACCAACAUGGCUGCGUGCAUGUGAAAGUCAUGCUACACUUCAUCGGAAUUACUAUUCAUGGGUUUUAAAUCACCAUUUAUAAGGAACCGGUAUCGAGUAAGCUACUAUUAGCGUCUGCAGAUAGUUUAACUUAUAUACACACUGUAGCGUAUAUGGUUAUGGACCCCGACGGACAACUACGGAAUCUUCGCGACUUCCUCUUGGUUUAUAAUCGAAUGACCGAAAUUUGCUUCCAGCGAUGCACGAACAAUUUCAACUACAGAAAUCUCACAAUGGAUGAAGAGCAUUGUGUGGACAGCUGUGCUGGCAAACUAAUCCGUUCCAACCAUCGCCUCAUGGGUACAUAUGUAAAGUUGAUGCCAGCUAUGGUCCAACGCCGAAUGGAGGAGAUGGAAAGCAAAGCUGCAGAAGUUGCAAAGGCAACCGAAGCAGUAGGCCCAGUGGAGCCUCUCGUUGGAGGUUUAAAUUCAUCAGAUGCCCCAUCCACCCUCAUAACAUCUACUCUUGCCACACCUUCACCAGGUGUGCCAACACCCACAUAUGCUGCAGAACAGGCAGAGAUGGCAGCUACCCAUGGCAUAAUUCAAUCUGUACCAUCACCGUCUACAAAUGAGGCAUCGGUUUCACCCGUAACAUUCCCAGUUGUUACAGAAAGUGCACACACACAUUCAGCUGAGUCCCCAGUAUUAGUCCCAUCCCAUCCAAGCAAGCAUCCUUAGAAGUGACCUCUUCACUUUUAGAGGGACUUAAGGUAUCUUCCUCUCCUGACUCCCUCUCAAGUGCUAUGACAGGCAUCCCUUUAAGAAAUGAAGAUGUAAACCAUAUUGGUGUAGUGAACAGCAGCAUGUCAUCACCAGCACAUCAGUCUACUAGGGGAGAAGGACCACCAUCUUAAUGGUGGAUUAUUAAUAAACAGGAACAAGUUUCAUUGCUCAGAGCUGUUAUCUGGAAGCAUGAACUGAGUAGAAUAAUGAGUACGUAAACUACUUGAAGGUGAAAAAGUGUGACUUUCAUUAAUACUGUCUUGAGAGACAUGGAUAUAUCAAAUUCCUAAUGAUAGCAGGCACAGUGGUAACAAAAUAUGACAUUGUUUGGAUGCUGGUGUUUUUCGGUUCACUUCUGAUGUUGGGAAGUAUAUGUGACCAUGUGGCUGAGAAGGCAUGCAACCAGAAAAAAAUUAUGUGUAAUGGUGUUUAGAAUGGUGGAAAUACAUUUUAACAAAAAAUAAAAUAUGUGAUCAUGAAAA